CCAGUCCCAGCUCCAGGACAGGUGUUUGUGUCAGUGAGCUCCAUAACAGCCACCUCCAUCUCCCUCUCCUGGAGUGUGUCCAGUGGGAGGGUGGCCAGUUGGGAGGUGGUCUGGAGACCCACUGACAGAGGCACUGAUAGCACCAGUGGUCCUCUGUCUGGCACUACCUACACCAUCCUCCAGUUGGACCCCUCCACUAUCUACACACUCACUGUAUCAGCCACUAAUGUAGCUGGAACCACUGACAGCACUCCCAUACUUUUCUCCACUGCCUCUGAUGUUUGCCAAGCAGAGAGCAUUGAGAGUAUGUGUUCUCCUGAGACUAAGACAGACAACACAGGAGCAAUCAUUGGUGGAGUAGUGGCUGUGGCUGUGGCACUUAUAGCUGCAGUGACAGUCAUAGUCAUUGUGGUUCUGAGAAGUCGAAGUGCAAAUUAUUCAACACCAAAGACUAUGUUAGUAUUUCCAGCAAAAUGCUAUCACUAAAAUUAAUAUAGCAUGGUACCAGCGUCAUGUAAAGAUAGAAAAAGUCUAUUACAUUUUCUUCCUUUUCAGGGGGUCAGUUGGUGCUCUGGCAACUACAAAUCAAUCAGUGGAGCUCUCCAAGUUCUCAGAGCCAACAUAUGCAGAUCCAGACCAGCUCCAGACAACCAGUAAUAAGGCCUACAAUGUAGUGAGAGGGACUGGAAGGACAGCUGAAGAUGAUUAUGAAGUACCACAAAACCUUCCUCCCGCCACCACCUCUCAACCUACCACUACUGCUGCUGGAGACUCUCUCUAUGAACCUGUGUGAAGUGUUAUGUGAUUAUGUGGUAGUUGCGGAC